AGUCUCUGCCUCAAGACCAGCGGCCCAGAAGCAAUACUCAGCUCUGACACCCAGAGCCCCGCCUCCAGGGCGUGGCCUCGCGCUGCCCCGGGAGAGGGCGGGGACUACUCCGGGCCACGCCCCACUCUUCAAGAGGCCAAGGGUGCCGCACCUACAGUUCCGCUGCGCACUGCGUUCUGCACCAGCCGAGCGAAGGUGAUCCGGAGUCAGGAUGGCCGUCCUCUCUAAGGAAUAUGGUUUCGUGAUUCUAACUGGUGCUGCCAGCUUCCUAAUGGUAACUCAUCUAGCCAUCAACGUUUCCAAGGCCCGCAAGAAGUACAAAGUGGAGUAUCCUACAAUGUAUAGCACUGACCCUGAAAACGGACACCUCUUCAACUGCAUUCAGCGGGCCCACCAGAACACGUUGGAAGUGUACCCUCCCUUCUUAUUUUUUCUAGCUGUCGGAGGUGUUUACCACCCACGUGUAGUUUCUGGCUUGGGCUUGGCCUGGAUUGUUGGACGAGUUCUUUAUGCUUAUGGCUAUUACACAGGAGAACCUAGAAAGCGGAAACGGGGAGCCCUGAGCUUCAUCGCCCUCAUUGGCCUGAUGGGCACCUCUGUGUGCUCUGCUUUCCAGCAUCUUGGUUGGGUUAGAACUGGCUUGAGCAGUGGGUGCAAAAGCUGCCAUUAAAGAGUUAUAGGGUGUUUUGAAACUCUCAUUCAUUUUGAGUGACUUUUAUUUUCAGUGACUUUUUUUUUCCCCUAAAUAAAAACUUACCUGGCGUCAGCCUCAUACCUAA